UACCUGGGGUGUGGGCCAGGGCCAGGUGGGCUGGAAAGGGGAGAAAACGGAUCCUCUGAAUGCACAUUUCACUCUACCUCCACUCAUGGGUUCCCGGGCCGAGCCUGCCACUGACCUGCUGUAUCACCCUGACCAGGACCCCCAUCAGCACCUACACUGACUCCUACAGGGCUCCUAACUCCAUCAAGAAGGUCUAUAACGACCCACCUCUGUGGGCCUGGGAACCCAACAAGUUUGUGAGCCGGGGCCCGCCUAAGACUUUUCAGCGCCCUGUGGAUCAGGAAGCCCUAGAGAAGAUGGUUAAAUGUGCUGUGCGGGACUACACCUAUAAGAGUUCCAUACCAGGCCACCCCUACUUGCCUGAGAAAUACUGGCUCUCUCAAAAGGAAGCAGACAAAUGCAACCCCAACUAUCUGUGUAGCGACUGGGGUAACGCAUGGAGAAUGGGACCUUACUGCUGCACUGACUGGAACAAGUGUACCACAUGCCUUCCCCGGCUGCCUAAGGAAGCCGGGAUGGAGACAGCAGUUCGAGGAAUGCCCUUACAGUACCCUCCUAAGCCGGAGCGACUCAAUGCCUAUGAGCGCGAGGUGGUGGUGAACAUGCUGAACUCGCUGUCACGGUACCAGACGCUGCCGCAGAUCACGCCCCGAUGCGGGUGCGUGGACCCGCUGCCGGGCCGCCUGCCCUUCCAGGGCUAUGAAAGCCCUUGCUCGGGCCGCCACUACUGCCUGCGCGGGAUCGACUACUGCGUCGCCGGGGCGCCCUGCACAGAACGCCGCCUGCAGCCUUUGUGCCCCUCGCAGCCCACAGUAAGGAGUGUAUCGCCCAGCGAGCACCGGCCCGGGAUGCACUGUGCUGUUAUAACGCCCCUGCGGCCGUACUACCCUUAUCCGAACCUUAGGUGGGACACAAGUCACUUUAAGAAGACCAGUGGCUCCCAGAGAAACAGCUAUGUUGUCCACCCUGAGUUUUUGUCCGAGAAUUACCCUGGCUACUCCUACUGAUAGAGCAGGACCAGGCCAAGGGGGCUGAGCAAUAAAUAAACUUUUCACCCCAUAGGCUGCCUUUGACAUUUCCACAUAUUCCCCUGCCUCCUGUGUCCUCAUCCAGCAAGAUCUGGCAAUGAGGAACCAGUUACUCAGGCCUCUGCCAAGUCCCCUACACUAAGAUGCAGUUUCUCAAAGUCAACCUGCCCUGAGCCCUCCCCACUCCCAUCA